AUGAGUGUGUUUAAAUCAGCAAUGGGGUACUUCAGUUCUGGAGGUGCCAACGGAGGCAGUGAUAAUGAUUUUGUUGGUCAAUUUGUUGAAAUCGGUAAUAUGAAACUAAGAGUAAAGAAGGUUAUAGCUGAAGGUGGUUUCGCUUUUGUAUUUGUUGCACAAGAUGUUUCUACAGGAACUGAAUAUGCUUUAAAAAGGCUAAUGGCAGCUGACGAUCAAGCAAACAAAAAUAUCAUACAAGAGAUUAGUAUAUUAAAAAAAUUAUCCGGACACCCUAAUGUAAUCAAAUAUAUUGCUGCUUCCUUUAUUGAUAAGUCGAAAACCUCUCACGGUAUGGGAGAGUAUUUGUUACUAACUGAUCUUUGUAGUGGAGGUAGCUUAAUGGAGGCUCUGCAAAAUAGAGGACAAGCUUUUCCUCUUCCAACUAUUUUAAGGGUAUUUUAUCAGACAUGCAGGGCUGUGCAACAUAUGCACAAUCAAGUGCCACCAAUUGCACAUCGUGAUCUCAAAUUAGAAAACUUUUUAAUAUCUAAUGAAGGUACAAUUAAAUUAUGUGAUUUUGGAUCAGCCACAACUGAUGUUUACUCUCCUAACCCUUCUUGGAGUGCAAAUCAAAGAAAUAUGCUAGAAGAAAAUUUGGCUCAAUUCACCACCCCAAUGUACAGAGCUCCAGAGAUGCUGGACACUUGGGACAACCACAAAAUAGACCAUUCGGUCGAUAUCUGGGCUCUCGGUUGUAUUUUGUACACUCUAUGCUACAUGCAGCAUCCAUUCGAGGACUCAGCAAAGCUUGCAAUAUUGAAUGGAAAUUAUAAUAUGAACCCGAAUGAUCAGCGAAAUAAAUGUUUUCAAGAGAUCAUAAGUGGUUGCCUAACGGUGAACCCCGAGGAGCGUUUGACGAUAAGCGGCGUGCUGGAGCGGUUGGCGGCGAUAGCUGAGUCCAACAAUGUCAAUCUGAAGCAACCACUCAAAUUUGAGCGUAAAAAAGUUGAACAAUCUGUGGCCACUAGCUCGCCAGUGAGCAAAGAUAUUACGCCAAAUAGUCAAGAAAUGCCUAACUCUAGGCCACCGGAGCCAAGUCGGCCGCCACCGCCAUCAAGACCACCUGCACCCUCAAGGCCACCUGUACCUCAAUACAAUGCACCUUUGCCACAAACACCAGCAAAUUCUGGCGGUUUAUUCUCGUCUAUUCGAGGCGGGGCAGGUAGUUUCUUAAAAAACCUAAAAGAUACCUCAUCUAAAGUAAUGCAAACCGUUCAACAGUCAAUUGCAAGAACAGAUCUGGACAUAAGUUACAUUACUAGUCGUAUAAUUGUGAUGCCGUAUCCGUCGGAAGGAUUAGAAAGCGCGUACAAAACGAAUCACAUUGAUGACGUGCGGGCGUUCCUCGAAAGCCGGCAUCCCGGCGGAAAAUACUGCGUGUACAACGCGUGUCGCACCAAACUGAACUUUGCCCGUCACGUGCUCGUCGCGGACGCGUGCCGCUCGCUGUGGCCCUCGCCCGCACACAAAGCGCCUCUGCUGUCGCCCUUCUACGCUUUACUGCAGCACAUGUACCAGUACCUCGGCAAGGACGACCGCUCUGCUAUCGUUAUCACGUGUCAGGACGGCAAGUCUAUGUCGUGCAUGUUGGUGUGUGGACUGCUGUUGUAUGCGAAGCUCGUGACCGUCCCGGAGGACGCGCUGCAGAUAUUCGCAGUGAAGCGCUCGCCCGUCAACGUGGCGCCCGCGCACCUGCGCUACCUCUACUAUCUUAGUAACAUUGUGCGACCAGAGCCAAUUCUUCCUCACUUCAGACCAGUGUCUCUAGUCUCACUUACAAUCCAGCCGGUGCCACUGUUUACUAAAGCAAGGGAUGGCUGCCGACCAUUCAUCGAAAUAUAUAACGAAGAUCGAUUGAUUUUGUCAACAGUUCAAGAGUACGAUAGGAUGCAUUUAUACAUGAUGGCUGAAGGCAAGGUUACCCUGCCGCUGGACAGCACGGUGACGGGCGACGUGUUGAUCUGCGCGUACCACGCGCGCCAGCAGCUCGGCCGCGUGCACUCUGUGCCGAUGUUGUCUGUGCACUUCCACACCGGCUUCCUCGCGUACGACCAGCACGCCAUUAAGUUUACAAGAUCUGAGAUAGACGGUAUAGAUGAAUUGACACCCGUCAAUGACCACUUCUCGUCCAACGUAUCGGUGGUGAUCAGCCUCGUGGUACAGAACGGCGAACGUAGAAAGCCUCGCUGCGACCUGUGGGAAGAGGACCACUCCUUUCCCAUACGAACGCCAGAUGUACUCUUCUCCACUACUUUGGAGAGAGACGAAACAAUCGAUAACUUUGCCAAUCUCCGAAGAGGCACGACUGCGAUUCCACCCGCAAUAACAGCAGAGCAUACACCUAAAGAGACGGAAAAAAGGACCCCGGAGAGACCGGCGAGACCGACGAGACCGGCGCCCCCCUCUCCGGCAGCCCACACCACGGCCGACUUUCUCAAUAUCUCCAACAACGAGCAAAGCGCACCGAAAACUGACAAGAAACUGAAAAGCGACGACUCUUUCGACUUCUUUGGCAUGAUGGAGAAGCAGAGCGACGACGCUUUCGGCGACUUCCUAAGUGGAAAAUCUACGGAGAAUACUGAGAAGUUUUCAUCUAACUCAAUCUUCGGUGACCUGCCCGUGCCGCCUACGGAACCUCCCAUAAAUCAAGCCAAUGUGAACUCUAGUGACCCGCUCAACUUUGACCCCUUUGGCCUCAAUGAUCUUAUACAUAAACCAGAACCCUUGCUUACUCCCCAGUUAGUGAAGGACGAAGGGCGGUCCCAAAGCGUACCACUUGAUCAGGCGCAGCCGUCCAGGAAAGAUCCAUUUGCUGAUUUAGGUUUACUGGGUACCAAUUUGUCGGCGGGUUCAGCUCAGUCAACCGGGUCUAUUGGAUCCGCGGGAUCUACGCCACUGUCUGCAUCUACGGCACCUCUCGGAUCUAUGGCACCCCCCGGUUCAACGAUACCCACUGGGUCUGCGGUACCCCCGGGGUCAACGUUAGCCGGUGGGCCUGGGAUACUACCAGGAGGCACUCCGAUGAUGACGCCACGCGCGUCUCCGGCACACACUCCAGCACACCAGCCGCAUACUCCCGCACGUUCGCCGGCACAUCAACCUGACUACAGUCGGACGCAUUUCGAAACGGCCAAGACGCCCGCUGACGACAAAUCCAAGAAAUCCACUGAUAUAUUUGGCGAGUUGCUUGGCAGUCAAGGUUACGACUUCGCCACCAAGAAAGAAACAGGACCGAAAACCAUAAACGCAUUGAGAAAAGUGGAAAUGGUCAAAGAAAUGGACCCUGAGAAACUUAGGAUACAUGAAUGGACGGAAGGCAAGAAGGCGAACAUCCGUGCACUUUUGUGUUCACUACACACGGUGGUGUGGGAGGACUGUCGUUGGACACGUUGUGACAUGUCGCAACUUGUGUCGCCCGCUGAUGUCAAGAAGAACUAUAGGAAAGCCUGCCUGGCUGUACAUCCUGACAAGCAAAUGGGCACACCCAACGAGAAUAUAGCAAAGAUGAUCUUCAUGGAACUAAACAAUGCAUGGAGCGAUUUUGAAAAUGAUGCCAAACAGCAGAACCUCUUCCAGUCUUAA